AUGUUGAGCUUUGAAUGCCAUGGCUCUCCAUUUGAGAUCGGUCUCACCCAUGGGACGAAAGCGAAACCAGAGAUCGAAAGAUGCAUUGCUUUCUACGCAGACGUGUUCCAAAAGACCGUCAAUAUGAGCUGGGACGCUGUUCAGGACCAGGCCAAACAGUUUGAUGCAACAAUCGCGCAGAAAUGGCCUCAUUAUCACGAAGAGAUCAAAGGCAUUGCACAAGGAUCAGAAAAAGAUGUUCUCGAUAUUAUAGCACUGAAUGUUCGAACUGAAAUCAUGUUUGGCUGCUAUGUAAACGUCAGCGAUGGUUGCACUUCAUUCGCAUGGCGUUCAUCUGGUGGCAGUUUCCUGGCCCAGAACUGGGAUUGGAUGGAACGACAAAGAGAGAACCUCGUCCUUCUGACAGUCCAGCAGCCGGAGAAGCCUACGAUCAAGAUGGUCACCGAAGCGGGCAUCAUUGGUAAGAUUGGUAUGAACUCGGCGGGCGUGGGAGUAUGUCUCAACGCGAUUCGAGUGGGCGGAGUCGGCACUUCUCGUAUCCCAUGUCAUCUCGGACUACGACUUGCACUCGAUUCCAAAACUCGCGAGGACGCAGUCGAGAAGUUGCAGGAGUACGGAGUGGCAUCUGCGUGCCAUAUGCUUGUGGCCGACGAGACUGGUUCUGUCGGUCUGGAGUGGAGCUCUACGGACCUGCAAAAGCUGGAUAUGAACGACCAAGGCCAAGUUUUCCACUCGAAUCACUAUAUCGUCGAGCACCCAGGCCUGGAUGUUAAACCAUGGCUUGCCGACUCAGACUUUCGAUUGGAUCGGAUUGAGAAACUCUGCAAUGCUGUUCCGGAAACUCCAACGACUAACAACCUCUUGAGUGUACUCGAAGAUGAAAAGAACUAUCCUGCAGCUAUUUGUCGGGCUGUUGACAACGAAGCUGGAAUUGCGACUCUCUUCAGCAUUUUGAUGGACCUGAAGUCAAAAAGUAGUGUGGUCAGGCUGGGAAGACCAUCAGCGCCGGAAGAGGUCAUUCACUUGAAGUUCUAG